GGCAGUGAUGGUUUUGUUUUGGAUGGAGAGAGAUACGCAGAAUUUUCUUCUCUCUGUUUGUGGCGUUAAGAAUCUUCAGAGAUGUAGAUAGUCUCUUCUAUAGGUGUUUUCAUUUAUAUUGUAGUUUUGCUGUGUAAGACGGGUUGGAUAGCUAGCUGUUGUAGUGUAACUUAUAUUUACUGGUUUCAAUCCAACAAUUAACUAGCUUGCUAGCUAGCAGGCUAGCGAUAGCUAGUUGGCUAAGUUAGCUUACUCUGUCAUCAACUCCAAGUGCAUCGUACUAGCUAGCUACACACAAGUAAUUUUGUCUGUCAGACAAGUAAUUUUGCUAGAAAUCGUGCUAAUUUGCGCACAUUUUCCGUCUUGGCAUAGCAUACAUAUUUAUUCUGCAUUCCGUAUCCUGUUAUGCUGAACUUGAAUGUCAUGGUUUCCAGGAACCAUGUCUUGUAAAUCCAAAGUUGCACCGAGUGUUGACUUUGAUCACAGCUGUUCGGACAGUGUUGAAUACCUAACGCUAAACUUUGGUCCUUUUGAAACUGUCCAUCGUUGGAGACGACUUCCACCGUGUGACGAAUUUGUGGGUGCAAGACGCAGUAAGCACACCGUCGUGGCAUAUAGGGAUGCGAUUUAUGUGUUCGGGGGAGACAAUGGGAAGAACAUGCUGAAUGAUUUGUUGCGUUUCGACGUGAAAGACUGCUCUUGGUGCAGGGCUUUUACAACCGGCACACCCCCUGCGCCCAGGUACCACCAUUCCGCUGUGGUCUAUGGGAGUAGCAUGUUCGUUUUUGGCGGCUACACAGGGGACAUCUACUCCAACUCAAAUCUGAAGAACAAAAACGACUUAUUUGAGUACAAAUUUGCUACGGGCCAGUGGGCAGAGUGGAAAGUGGAGGGGAGGUUGCCGGUUGCCAGGUCAGCCCAUGGAGCCACAGUCUACAACGAUAAGCUUUGGAUUUUUGCCGGAUAUGAUGGAAAUGCCAGGUUAAACGACAUGUGGACGAUCAGUCUGCAGGAUCGAGAACAAGCGUGCUGGGAGGAGAUCGAGCAGAGUGGGGAGAUCCCCCCGUCCUGCUGUAACUUCCCCGUGGCUGUGUGCCGGGACAAGAUGUUUGUGUUCUCAGGGCAGAGCGGCGCCAAGAUCACCAACAACCUCUUCCAGUUUGAGUUCAAGGGCAACAUGUGGACCCGUAUACCCACGGAGCACCUCCUCCGGGGCUCCCCCCCGCCCCCCCAGAGGAGGUACGGACACACCAUGGUGGCGUUCGACCGCCACCUCUACGUCUUCGGAGGAGCGGCCGACAACACCCUGCCCAACGAGCUGCACUGCUACGACGUCGACUCCCAGACCUGGGAGGUGAUCCAGCCCAGCCUGGACAGCGAGGAUCCCCUUGGAAACGAGAUGACUUCAUCUCAAGGGUUUAUCCUGAUGCCCAGCGGACGGCUCUUUCAUGCAGCUGCAGUCAUUCAUGAUGCCAUGUACAUCUUCGGCGGGACGGUGGACAAUAACGUGCGCAGUGGGGAAAUGUACAGAUUCCAGUUCUCGUGUUACCCGAAAUGUACGCUUCAUGAAGACUACGGCAAACUGUGGGAGAACCGGCAGUUCUGUGACGUGCAGUUCAUCCUCGGGGAGCGGGAGGAGCGGGUGCUGGGCCACAUCGCCAUAGUGACGGCGCGCUGUCGCUGGCUGAGGAAGAAGAUCCUGCAGGCGAGAGAGCGGCAGAAGCAGAAGAGCAAGCAGGAGGGCGGGGAGGAGGGCGAGGAGGGGGCCACGGGCGGCCAGAAGGAGGUUCCCACGGCGACCAGGCCCUCCGGCUCCCAGCCCAUGCUGGAGGUCAGCAUUCGGGAGGCGGAGGCCCAGCCCUUCGAGGUGCUGAUGCAGUUCCUCUACACGGACAAGAUCCAGUACCCUCGCAAAGGUCAUGUUCAGGAUGUCCUCCUAAUCAUGGACGUCUAUAAGCUUGCCCUGAGUUUCAAGCUGUCGCGUCUGGAGCAGCUGUGUGUGCAGUACAUCGAGGCGUCCGUGGAUCUGCAGAACGUCCUGAGCGUGUGCGAGAACGCCAGCAAGCUGCAGCUGGACCAGCUCAAGGAGCACUGCCUUAACUUUGUGGUGAAGGAGACGCACUUUAACCAGGUCAUAAUGACCAAGGAGUUCGAGCACCUCUCCACCGCUCUCAUCGUGGAAAUCGUCCGCCGGAAGCAGCAGCCUCCCCCGAGGGUGUACUCCGACCAGCCCGUCGACAUCGGAACAUCCCUGGUGCAGGACAUGAAGGCCUACCUGGAAGGGGCGGGGCUGGAGUUCUGUGACAUCACCCUGCUUUUAGACGGACACCCUCGGCCCGCCCACCAAGCCAUCCUAGCUGCCCGCUCCAGUUACUUUGAGGCUAUGUUCCGCUCCUUCAUGCCGGAGGAUGGCCAGGUGAACAUCUCCAUCGGGGAGAUGGUGCCCAGCAAGCAGGCCUUUGAGUCCAUGCUGCGCUACAUCUACUACGGAGACGUCAACAUGCCCCCGGAAGACUCCCUUUAUCUGUUUGCAGCUCCGUAUUACUAUGGCUUCUCCAACAACAGGCUGCAGGCCUACUGCAAGCAGAACCUGGAGAUGAACGUCACCGUGGAGAACGUCCUGCAGAUCCUGGAGGCGGCGGACAAGACCCAAGCCCUGGACAUGAAGAAGCACUGCCUGCACAUCAUCGUCCAUCAGUUCAUCAAGGUGUCCAAGCUCCCAAACCUGCGGUCUCUGAGCCAGCUGCUGCUGCUGGACAUCAUCGAGUCUCUAGCCGCCCACAUAUCCGACAAACAGUGUGCCGAGAUGGGCUCAGACAUUCAGUAGGUCUCCCGGCCCUCCGCCCGCGUUCUCCGGCCGGCAGCCCCCCCGCGGUCCCAGCACACACCGCACCGCACCGCUCCGCUCUAGUGCAUGAGCCACCACUCCGUCCGCCCCUCCAUCGCUUCUGCCCUCCUCCGCUUCACGUUUGCACCUCAGCCCGUUUUUUCUUUCUCUCAUUCGGCGCCUCAUGACGCAUGGGUACGUCACACGCCACGUCCUGUUCGUGACGUUCUGUGACGUUUCGUGACAGGGCAGAUAUCAUCAGGCCUACACUACAGCAUCAUUUCCCUCAAUAGCCAAAUUAUUACACAACGGUGAAUUUGUCUUAAAGUGAGAAUUUAGUGUGAUUUUUUUUUUGUUUCUUAUUUGGAAUGAAAUGUUACAUGUGAGUCCUGACUCAUUUCAUGAACACGAUCCUCUGGUUAUACCUCAGACGGGCGUGACAGGUUGUUUUGUUUGUGAAAGAUGAGUCCGCUGGGCCUUUUAUCGAGAGAACCUUUUAAGAAUCACAUUGCAGUGUCUUACUUUUAGAUAUAUGGUCUUGGCAAGCAAUUCCUCUUGGAACCAUUUCAUUUUUGCCCCGCUAUCAUUGAACACGCAACUUUACCCCGUUUAUGUAUCUGAUAACUGUGUUCGUUAUUUCCUGUCAUCGGGGACACUGUAUUGGUCUUGUAUCGCUUUGACAGUAUGGAUAGCUGUUAUAUGCCAAACUGUAUUUUUCAUCUCGCAAACCGUGUCAUUGUAAUAAGGUAAUACAUACAGUGCAACAUAAAACCUCCUUUUUACCUGCUUCAGCUAGUUGUGUAUGAGUCUAUGUUUGUUUGUGUACGCCAUGCUGUACUGUGAUGAAUGUGUGAUUAUGUUAGCCCCGUGUACUACAGUAUAUGCCUUAAUAAAUUAGGAAUAUGGAAUUCA